AUUAUUAGCAGUUUGGUCUUACCGAGUCCAACUCCACUCGAGUGCCGAACUCAGUCCGAUCAGGUCAGUCCGUCUUCCCCUGUCCGAGUCCUAGCCGAAGCAGAAGAGGAAGGAAAGGGUUUUUGAGAAAACCCCCCCCCGUCCCCUGCCGAUUCUUCCCCAAAAUGGCGUUGCAGAGCAAUAACUGCUUCGCUCUCCUCCUCUCAAAACAUUCCUCCUCCCCCCGCAAUGACCGCCCCGCACUCUCCCCCGCACACGGACCCCGCCCCUUCGCCGCCGCCGUCCUGAGGGGAUCGCCGCCUCCGCCUCCGCCUCGUCUACUCCGCCUGGCGCGCGCGAGCGCUGGGGGCGACGCCGCGAGCAGCAGCAGCGGCAGCAACAUGAAGAAAGGGUCGGUGCCGAAUUCCAACUACGUCGUGCCCCUGGACCGGUCGUUCUCGUCCUCCUACUCCUCGUUCGUCACCCGCCCCCUCGUCGAGAUACUCCGCGACCUCAACAAGAGGAUCCCCGACGACGUCGUCAAGCCCCGGCCCUCGCACGAUCACGCCUCCUCCCCCAACUCCAUUCCCUGGUACCAUGCUAAUCGGAUGAUGAGCUUCUAUGCCCCUGGGUGGUGUGGAGAAAUACGUGAUGUUAUAUAUUCUGACAGUGGAAGUGUGACUGUGGUGUACCGUGUUACCAUAAGAGGAUCUGAUGGAGAGGCAUAUCGAGAGUCAACUGGGACAGUUUCAUGCAGCCAUGGUGAAAUUGCAGAUCCCGUGGCUGCAGCGGAGGAAGUAGCUUUCUGUAGAGCAUGUGCUCGGUUUGGCUUAGGCCUGUAUCUGUAUCAUGAAGAGUAGAUGCCAUUCUCUUGAGGGCAUCAACUUUGUUCCUUUCGUUCACGAAUUGGCUGUAGUUUGUCAAACUCCACUAAUAUGUGUACAUAAAAAAGUAGAUGAGAUGUGGUCAUCCCUCAUAUUCACAGACAGAGUAGGAUUGUGAAAAUCAAGGCAUAGAUUUAUAACUUGGAAAUUUCUCAUGGAUUUAGCA